UUGAUUAAAACUGUCUGCAUUUCUGCUUUGUCUCUUGUCAACGCCACCUACUAUCUAGUCCCCAUCCAAUUUUGAAAAGCAAAGGUCCCUCGUACUAUAGGUACUUAUAGCACCUUGCACUCUUCGAUUCCACGAUUAACCAAUCCGCCUCUCUAGAUCAUGACUUUACUCCAAGACCUCUCUCUCACUCCCCAAGAUGUCCGAGACAGCAGCGCCAAAGAGACAAGCAUGCCCCGGAUCCUGCCACUGCGGAUUCACGCAGUACAUCGUCUUCCUCAUCCUUCCACACCCAUUCUCGUCAUCUCAUCCGCCACCACCACACACCGGACAGGAGGUCUACCGCUGUAACUGCCGCACGUGUUACAAGAUGAACUUCUUUCACGUGCAUCCGGCGCAUCCUCGCGAUGAUUUCAUGCUCCUGUCACCACUGGAUCCGGAUCGUGAUUUGAGUACCUACUUCUGCUGCGAGAAGAAGCGGAAAUUCUACUUCUGUCCCAAAUGUGGAGUGCGGUGCUUUACGUUUAGUGGCGUGGGCGAGACCACCGUCGUGGAUGUGCCAGGCGAGGAAGGGAAGAGGGAAGUUUGGCAAGCGAAGUGGGAUGGAGGGAUGGAGACGAGACCGUAUGUUUCGGUUAAUGGGACUACGAUUGAUGCGAGAGAGGAUUUCGAUCUACGUGUCCUCACGGAGGAGAAGAGAGUGCAGUAUUUUGAUGAUCGGAGUGAGCUUGGGGAGAAGAAGGAGGAAAGAUGGGAUAGACCGCAUUAUGGUGGGAGUUAUUGACCGGUUGAGAAGGGUAGGAGGGUCAUUGAAGCCAAUGUGCAGAACCCCAGAGCCUAGAGUGUCCAUUGGUAUCUGAAAUUUGACCCAAAUGGUCUGCAACGUACCAUACGCAAAAAAUUUGCUGUAUCUGUAUGAAUGACGAACGCUCAUAUCGCCCUUGCACUCUGUCUCUUCAAGAGCUUCCCUAUAAUCCUCUAUGGAAGGGAAUCAAAAGGUAAC